AUGGGCUCUCACAGUUCUCUCACGCAGUACGCCGCCUACAUCGAGCCUGACACAGGGCUUUCCCGGAUCGGCCACUACGACCUUUCCCAGCAAACUAUCCAGCCGCUGAGCUUUGUUUCUGGAACUCCCGUGACAAACCUGUAUGAGGUUAUUGCAGCGGCGGUAUCCAAUAUAGUCCCCAAUGGCGAGGUUCUCCCAGUCAAGGGUGUUACAUUGUUGCCCCCAAUCUCAGGUCGUGAUAUCCUGGCUGUAGGCAAGAAUUAUAUGGAACAUGCAAAGGAGUUCAACAGCUCCGGAUAUGACAGCUCUGAUAAAACGGAUCGGCCCAGUCACCCGGUCAUCUUCACCAAGCGGGCCACCUCCAUCGUUGCGGAUGGCAGCGAGGUCCUCCUGCACCCCGUAUUCUCCCAGACGGUCGACUACGAGGGAGAAAUCGGUGUCAUUAUUGGCAAGUCUGGCUUCCGUGUGGAAGAAGCAGACGCAAUGCAAUAUGUAUGGGGAUAUACCAUUAUCAAUGACUUGACCGCACGAGAGCGUCAGCGCGACCAUAAGCAGUUCUUCAUUGGCAAGUCUCCAGAUACUUUCUGCCCUAUGGUUAGUUAUCCCAGCCUGUACCAGGGAAUCCAAGCUGAUAAAUAUCAGGGACCAAUCGCUGUUCCCAAGGAGGAUCUUCCUGCUACCUUGAAGGUUGAGACACACAUCAACGGCGAGCUCAGACAGAGCGCUACUUCGGAAGAUCUUAUCUUUUCGAUCCCGAAUUUGGUCAAGACGAUUUCUGAGGGCCAAACCUUGCAGCCAGGCGACGUGAUCGCCACUGGAACGCCUGCUGGUGUCGGCAUUGGUAGAAAACCACCCGUAUUUCUCAAAUCGGGAGACCGGAUGAGCGUCUCCAUCACUGGACUGGGGACACUCAACAAUCAGAUUGCUCCCGCUAAUGCCGUCAACCUGACCAUCAAGCAAGUUGAUUCGGAUUCACCUUUCCGCCUUACAAACGGCGCCAAGUCACUCAAUGCCGGCGUGGGCUUGGCCCAAGUGAACGGCAAAAAUCUGAAUUAUCAGCGUUUGGGGUCAGGUGCAAACCAGAUCGUGUUUGUGCACGGCCUCGGCGGCACCUUGGAUUACUGGACGCCCCUGAUCUCGACACUUUCCCUGGCCGAGACAAAUACCCUUCAUCUAUUUGACCUCGAGGGUCACGGGUCCAGUCCAACUCAUCCGUUAAGCCAACUGAGUAUCGAAUCCUUUGCCGCCGACAUCAAGUCGAUUUUUGAGGCGGCUGGAGCCUCCGCAUCAGCGCCAGCUACACUUGUGGCCCAUUCUAUGGGAUGCCUUGCGGCCAUCAAGUUCACACUUGACAACCCCGGACUGGUCGAGAAACUUGUUCUAGUUGGACCUCCCCCCUCCCCAUUGCCCGAAGCUGCAUCAAAGGCAUCGUAUACCCGCGCUGCCCUGGUCAGAAGCAAGGGCAUGAACGCUGUUGUCGACACGAUCGUCGAUGCUGGAACUUCAAGCAACACGAAGAAGACGAACCCCCUCGCAAUCGCCGCCGCGAGGAUGAGUCUUCUAAGUCAGGAUCCAGAGUCAUACGCCAAGGCCGUUUGGGCACUCGCGAAUGCAACUCAAAAGCUUGACGUCGAGGCCAUAAAGGCCAAGACCUUGAUUGUGACUGGUGAUGAGGACAAAGUGUCACCUCCAUCGCUCUGCGAAGGAUAUACGUCCAGGAUCCAAGGGUGUAACCUUGUCGUUUUGAAAGAUGUUGGCCACUGGCAUGUAUUUGAGGACGUUGCCGGUGUCGCAGCGGCGGUGAAGGCCUUUCUGUAG